AUGGGAGAGGAUAGGAUAAGCAAUUUACCUGUUGAUCUGUUGCACCAUAUUCUUUCAUUGGUACCAGCUAAAUGUGCAAUGUCUAUUUGCAUUUUGUCCAAAAGAUGGAAGUAUGUGUCCAACUCUAUCCCUACACUUGAUUUCCGUAAAUGGAAAACUCAAAAAUAUUUUAGCGAAGAAGGAAAGAUGGAAACCAAAUCGUUCAAAAAUUUUCUGGACACAGUACUGUUUCUCCAUGAAAAGCCUAGUAUCCAGAAAUUCUGUCUUGAUUUGGAUGAGGAUUUUGACGAAUCUCAAGUUUCUAGAUGGAUCAGUAAUAUCAUUAAACGUAAAGUUGAAGAAUUUUAUCUUCAAAUGAUAUAUUCGAGGACAUUCUGCAUAAUUCCUCUGUCAUUUUUUACUUGUGAUUCGUUGACACUGCUGGAUUUACGUUGCAACGAAGAUGGUGUUGGCAAGUUCAUUAUUCCAAAGAAUCCAAACACAGUUUAUUUUCCAAAGCUCCAGAUCCUUCGGUUCCAGUCUCUUCAGUUUCUGGAUGAAAUAACCUCGACAAGAAAAUUCUUUUCGAACUGCCCCAUCCUUGAAGAGUUGAGUUUGACUUAUUGUGAGAUGUUCGCGCGGUUAUGCAUUGCAAACCCCACACUGAAGCACUUGGCCAUUACUCACUGUAGAUUACUAGAGUCUACGGUGGAGAUUUAUGCUCCUAAUCUAUUGACCAUUAGCUACAUAGCAAAGCCAGCAGAAGACUAUCUCCUCAGUAGAUUUCCGUCACUAGUCGAGGCCAAUAUUAAAUUUGAUAUUGAGGAUUUCAGUGAAUACGACCACCCAAUGGAAGUAUUUGUCAAGAUUUUUGAAAAGCUUUCAAGUGCAAAGCUCCUUAGAAUCCGUGCUGACUCAUUUCUGGUUCUAAGAGAAUCAGAUAUCCAAUUUAACGAUUCACUUACAUUUAGCAAUUUCAUCCAUCUGGAAGUUGAUUACCUAUUACAUUACGAUAGGUUUGAUUCACUCGAUUUGAUCAGAACAUUCUUCAAAUUUCUCCAGAGGUUGCCUAAUCUAGAAUCGAUUCUCUUUACUCAGAGUGUUAAAAUCACUUGCUUAGAGGAUGAUGAUUGUUGGUCACUUGAUCCUAGAUGUUCGCCACCACACCUCAAGGUAAUCAAAUUCAAAAUUUUCGAAGGGAAAUCAAUGGAGCUAAAUGUAAUUAAACUCUUUCUGAAGUAUGUCCGAUUUCUUGAGAGUGUAACCAUUGUAGCUUCUCUAAGGCUCUCCGAAGACCAUUUGGAACAAAACAGUGUUAUGAAGCAGCUUCUAAUAUUUCCGAAACCCCCAAAUUGUGUGGUUAAGUUCUUGACAAGCUCUAAAGACACUUAA